CGUAUGCAACAGAGGGCAUCCACUCAGCUCGUGAGUGUGCAAAUACACGCAUAUUUCGAUGCAUGAAAGUUUCGUCCAAGAAUAUAUACUAAGUUAGACUCAGAGGAAGAUUUCAUCUGAGAUUCAGGAGCAAAGAGUCGGUUUUGCGGGACGGGAACAGAGAGAGAGAGAGAGUCGAGAGUGGAGGAAAAGAUCAGAACGGGAAGGAAGAAACACGGAUUGUAUCUUUGGAUUGCGUAUCUGUGGAAAUUCUCUCCCCCCUACCGGUAAUCGCGACGCAUUGUCGACUAAGGGAUUUAAAAUAUUUCAUAGUUUUUCAAUAGACCGAAUCGAAUCGAAACAAAACGAGGAUGGAACACAACAACAGCGAGCGGAUACGGCUGCAAAUCGAAUGCCCUGGAUAUGAUGGUGGGAAGAUUGGAAGGAAAAGGCGGUCGCGAACAACAAUAAUAAGGAAUGAUAUGAAUGCAACCAAUAUAUUGUCGAGGCGGGGAUUCUGUCUCGUAUUUUUGCUCUCUAUGGCUCGGUUUGUUCCAUUGGUGGACGCAUUUGUGUCGCUUGAUAGGUUUAGCAGCCGCACGACACCAUGUGAGAUUUUUCGACAAAAGAAGAAUAUAUGUUUCAGCACUUCGUCUCCCGAGCAACAAUCUUCUACCCCGGGACAAAAACAAAAGAAAGCUUACGUCAACAAUAGGAAGCGUUCCUCUCACAUACGGCACCCAUCUCCCUCGACGGCGAACAGUAACUCUACAUCAUCAUCAUCAACAACAACUGCUACUACAAUGUUCCGACCAUCCCUAAAAAAUUCCCAUGCUACGACCAACAAAUAUCAUCACAACCGAAGACAAAACAACAGACGAAACAGUGAAAAGAAUCAUGAUAACCGCAACUCGAUACGGAUCAUGUUCCAAACCGCAAAGAACAUGGAACGGCAGGGACGGUGGGGAGAAGCACAAAAUCUCUUGGAACAAAUCCUCCAAAACAAUCCCAAAGACUCCCACUCCCACCUCGCUCUCGCCCGGUUGUUGUCGCGGAGGGAAGGUGGGAAAGCCGAAAUCGCUGGUGUCACACAGACCAAGGCCCAAGAGGCCUUUGCCAGGGGGACCCAGGCCUGCCCCAGGAACAUCUUUUUGCUUCAGGCCUGGGCCAUAUACGAGCAUCAAACCCGCGGUGAUCUGAUCAGGGCGCGAGAACUCUUCGAGGAGUGCAUCGAAAUUGAUUCCUACAAUCCCUUUGUUGCUCACGCCUACAGCUUGAUGGAGCGGCAGCUGGGCCGCGACGGUGCCGCUAUUUCGCUCCUGAAGCAUGUAUUAGAGGCUCCUAGUGCCAAGGUUACGGCCGCCCUUGUGUGUACCCUGGGCGAAAUCUACAUUUCGGCCGGAAAUUUGACAGAGGCGAGGGACCUCUACAAGCACCACAUCGAUGCUGUCGAGAACUACUCGUCAUCUGCGGUCGGUGGUUCCAUGGAUCGGAAGCGGAGGCGUCGUCACCUGCCAACCGAAAAAGAUAGGGUGGAAGUAUACCUUGCUGCAGCAUGGCUUGAAGAACGGCAUUUUUCGGAACUCCGAAGUGCACAAGACUUGUUGCGAAAGGCCCUGGCUAUUUCUCCGACCUCGAGCCUGGCCAAUGUGGCACUGGCGCGGCUGGAAGGACGAAUACAGGCUGGAGAUUUGUCCCUAGAAGGGCAGACCCCGUCAUCGUCUUCUCCACGGGGGACCAAGCAAAGAUCAAGGGUUCGCCGACACAACAGCACAGAGGAAGCCAAUAUCGCUACCGCGAAGCGAUUGGCAACGAUUUGCGACGAACUUCACCAGCGUGGAACGGAGUCGAAGAAGCGUCAGCAAAAGAAUGCCAAACACAAUCCGCAACACGACGGAAAGAUCGCAGCCAACGAGGACGGAAGGGUAUUCAAUGCACUUGCGACCUUGGAAGUGAAGCGGCGACGGUUCAAGGAGGCUCAGGAAGUUCUACGGAAGGGUAUGGAUCUAUACCCAUUUGAUCACAACCUCUUCACCGCGGCUGGAAAAGUCGAGGAGCGCCUUGGAAACUACACACGGGCCCGAGACAUGUACAUGGAGAGCCUGCGUCUGGAACCUUCGGCACCAACCCUCGUAGCAUUUGCCCUGCUGGAGCUCAAACAUCCACAAUACCCCACAACUACCUCUACGGAAACCACCAUCGACAAGAAGCACGUCCUGAAAAUGGCGAACUUUACCCUGAUCCGUGGACUCUUUGAAGAGGCGCUGUUAUUAGAUCCCCGAAACGGCCCAGCCUACAACGCCUACGGAAAUGCUGAAGCCCGAAGGGGAAAUCUCGAGGAGGCACGCAGCAUUUUUGAUCGCGGAACCCAGGCAAACUGUUCCGAUGCUGCUUCGAUUUAUCACGGGUACGGAAUGCUGGAAAUAUCCUGCGGGAAUGUCGGGAGGGCGCGAACCAUUCUGUACGAAGGCCUCGAAGAGGUCCGCCGGCUGCAGGAUUCAAUUUCAUCGGACAACCCGAACCGUGAUCGGGCCGCCUUUUUGUCGCACACCCUAGGAAUGCUAGAGCUGAACGCCAACAAUCCGGCUUCUGCCCUGACAAUAUUCGAAGAGGGAUUGGAACGUUGCGGGAAUUCCUCGCAGCUCCUUUUGGGUGCCGCCCUCAGUGAAAUGCGCCUGGGAAAAUUCGAAGCGGCUCGGGAUUUGUUUGGCCGAAGCGUCCUUGCCGACGAGAAGCAUGCACAGGCCUGGCAGGCAUGGGGCAUUAUGGAAACGAAGGCCGGUAACUUUGACCAGGCGUCUUCCCUCUUCCAAAAGGGCAUCAAAAAGGCCCCCUGGCACGGUUCUCUCUGGCACGGCUAUGCCCUGCUCGAGAUGCGGCGGGACAACAUCUCCAACGCACGGACCUUAUUCACGGGGGGAUUGCAAAAAGCCAAGAGCCGUCACGACGCCCUCUACCAGGGCUGGGCAACCCUCGAAAUGCGGGAGGGAAACUACGAAAAGGCUCGCAAACUCAUAUCGGACGCCCUGACGAGAAACAAGCGCAACGGGCGGGGUUGGAUCAUCGCUGCCGAGGUCGAGGAAGAGGACGGGAACGAGGGCCUGGCCGAUCUGCUACUGCGCAGGGGCAUCGAAUGCGAUCCCGACAACGGUGCCCUCUACAGGAAACUCGGAGAUCGCCUCGUCGGAAAGAACAACAUCGACGAUGCCCGGUCGGUCUACGAGGAGGGGAUAGAGGCCAAUCCUCUGUACGCUCCUCUCUAUCACUCGCUGGCCGAGCUCGAGGCCCGGAUCUGCAACCUCGAAGCCCUCGCUCGGCUGAACAAGCGGGCGAACGAGCUCUUCAAUAACAACGCGAUGGAACCGGCACCCCGAUCGGACGAGGCCCUGGAAGCCAGGCUCAAGAACCGCCCCGUUUCGUCCUUUUUUGUCGAUCGCCGCAAGCAGUCGUCUACUAGCACGGCGCAACGGACGCCGCCGGCGUCUUCCGGCUCACGCGGGGGCGUGCUCUCCGUGAAGAUCGGGGCCGGCGACGAGGACGAAACGGUGGACAUCCGCGACAAGAAUCCUUCGAGCAACCUGUCCACGAUCGAGGAUUUGAACGGCGAGGGAUUGGUGGGCGACAUUAUCAGCACCGAAUCCAUUUUGAACCACACCAUUGCAAAGGAAUGAGAGAGGAUCAAAACAAGACGAAACGAAACGAAACUUGCAAGUUUUGUUCGAGUUGGCAAGUAGAAGCGAAAGCGUGGAGUCGGAUCAAUAUGAAACCAACACAUCGUCCAGAUUUUCCGGAAAAGAAAAAGAGAUGUUUCGUCCGGUCCAGUUGUUGGAAGGUUCGUUUCUUCAAAAAUUACGGAACAAAUGAAAUGCAAUUCAUUUUGGCCUGAAGCGUAGAAAUUAACCAAAACAGAAGAACCGACGCACAUCGAACCACGCGGCUUCCCCCGAAGCCGAAUCUGUCUUUUCUCAUUUAUUCAAACCUUCUUUCAAACUCACAGAGCAUGACAAACACAUGCUAAUAGCUAAUAUUAUUGUUA